AUGGGCGACCGCGGCGGCGCGGGCGGCUCCCGGCGCCGGAGGACGGGUUCACGGCCCUCCAGCCAGGGCGGCGGCGGGCCCGCGGCGGCGGAAGAGGUGCGGGACGUGGGCCCCGCGGGAGACGCGGGCCCCGCGGGAGACGCGCCCGCGCCGGCCCCGGCCCCCGACAAGGACGAGGACGGAGGCUCCGACGUGGGUAGCGGCCGCUGGGAUCUGAGGUGCCACCGCCUGCAGGACUCUUUGUUCAGCUCGGACAGUGGCUUUAGCAACUACCGCGGGAUCCUGAAUUGGUGUGUGGUGAUGCUGAUCUUGAGCAAUGCACGGUUAUUUUUAGAAAACCUCAUCAAGUACGGCAUCCUGGUGGACCCCAUCCAGGUGGUGUCUCUGUUCCUGAAGGACCCCUACAGCUGGCCCGCCCUGUGUCUAGUUAUUGUGGCCAAUGUCUUUGCUGUGGCUGCGUUCCAGGUGGAGAAGCGCCUGGCAGUGGGUGCCCUGACGGAGCAGGCAGGGCUGCUGCUGCACGUGGUCAACCUGGCCAGCAUUCUGUGCUUCCCGGCGGCCGUGGCCUUGCUGCUCGAGUCCAUCACUCCAGUGGGCUCCGUGCUGGCUCUGAUGGUGUACACCAUCCUGUUCCUCAAGCUCUUCUCCUACCGGGAUGUCAACCUGUGGUGCCGAGAACGCAGGGCCAAGGCCAGGGCCAAGGCUGCUUCUGCAGGUAAGAAGGCCAACGGGGGAGCCGCCCCGCGCACCGUGAGCUACCCGGACAACCUGACCUAUCGCGAUCUGUACUACUUCCUCUUUGCUCCGACUCUGUGCUAUGAGCUCAACUUCCCCCGCUCGCCCCGAAUCCGAAAGCGCUUCCUGCUGCGGCGGCUGCUGGAGAUGCUGUUUCUGACUCAGCUCCAGGUGGGGCUGAUCCAGCAGUGGAUGGUCCCCACCAUCCAGAACUCCAUGAAGCCUUUCAAGGACAUGGAUUAUUCCCGCAUCAUCGAGCGCCUCCUGAAGCUGGCGGUCCCCAACCACCUCAUCUGGCUCAUCUUCUUCUACUGGUUCUUUCACUCCUGCAUGAACGCCGUGGCUGAGCUCAUGCAGUUCGGAGACCGGGAGUUCUACCGGGACUGGUGGAACUCGGAGUCCGUCACCUACUUCUGGCAGAACUGGAACAUCCCUGUGCACAAAUGGUGCCUCAGACACUUCUACAAGCCCAUGCUUCGCCGGGGCAGCAGCAAGUGGCUGGCCAGAACCGGGGUGUUCUUUGCCUCGGCUUUCUUCCACGAGUACCUGGUGAGCGUGCCUCUGCACAUGUUCCGCCUCUGGGCCUUCACAGGCAUGAUGGCGCAGAUCCCUCUGGCCUGGCUGGUGAGCCGCUUCUUCCAGGGCAACUACGGCAACGCGGCCGUGUGGCUGACGCUGAUCAUCGGGCAGCCGGUGGCCGUGCUCAUGUACGUCCACGAUUACUACGUGCUCAACUACGAGGCCCCCGUGGCCGGGGCCUGAGCUCCUCCACGGCCGGGCCUGUGGCCUCCUCCUCCCGCCUCACUGCCCAUGGCCGGAGCCCGCCCUCCCACCUGUGUGCCGGGGAGGGGGCCUGGCCGUCCGGAGGGCUUCUCUGCCCCUAUGGGGCUCCUUCCUGCCCUACUCAGGGACGGCAGCCCAGUGUCCCAGGAACCUGUGCCGACCCUGCCCAGGGGUCUGAGGGGAUCAAUAAAGUGCUGUCCGGAGUGGC